AUGAGUGAGUUUUGGUAUGCUGGAGGUAUGAGUGAGUUUUGGUAUGCUGGAGGUAUGAGUGAGUUCUGGUAUGCUGGAGGUAUGAGUGAGUUUUGGUAUGCUGGAGGUAUGAGUGAGUUCUGGUAUGCUGGAGGUAUGAGUGAGUUUUGGUAUGCUGGAGGUAUGAGUGAGUUCUGGUAUGCUGGAGGUAUGAGUGAGUUUUUGUAUGCUGGAGGUAUGAGUGAGUUCUGGUAUGCUGGAGGUAUGAGUGAGUUUUGGUAUGCUGGAGGUAUGAGUGAGUUUCGAUAUGCUGGAGGUAUGAGCGAGUUUUUGUAUGCUGGAGGUAUGAGUGAGUUCUGGUAUGCUGGAGGUAUGAGUGAGUUCUGGUAUGCUGGAGGUAUGAGUGAGUUUUGGUAUGCUGGAGGUAUGAGUGAGUUUGGAUAUGCUGGAGGUAUGAGUGAGUUCUGGUAUGCUGGAGGUAUGAGUGAGUUCUGGUAUGCUGGAGGUAUGAGUGAGUUUUGGUAUGCUGGAGGUAUAAGUGAGUUUGGAUAUGCUGGAGGUAUGAGUGAGUUCUGGUAUGCUGGAGGUAUGAGUGAGUUCUGGUAUGCUGGAGGUAUGAGUGAGUUCUGGUAUGCUGGAGGUAUGAGUGAGUUCUGGUAUGCUGGAGGUAUGAGUGAGUUUUGGUAUGCUGGAGGUAUGAGUGAGUUCUGGUAUGCUGGAGGUAUGAGUGAGUUUUUGUAUGCUGGAGGUAUGAGUGAGUUCUGGUAUGCUGGAGGUAUGAGUGAGUUUUGGUAUGCUGGAGGUAUGAGUGAGUUCUGGUAUGCUGGAGGUAUGAGCGAGUUGUGGUAUGCUGGUGGUAUGAGUGAGUUUUGA